AUUUAAACAUAACAUUUCAGAAAACUUUUAAAACAAAAGAUAAUUGUGUUGAUGUGAGUCAUGAAGUGGAGGACUUUCAUACUGAUGUCUGUUAGUUAAAUGUCUUUCCCUAUCCACCUGCAGGGUCUCUCUUAAUGGAUGCAGUGAAAGUGACUCUGCUUCAUGUUCCUGCAGCGCGUGUACAACCAGUGCUUACCAAACUUUUUAUUUAUUUUUCAUAUUUACAAUUCUCUGUCUCCACGGGCAAAUUUCUUACGGCUGAAGCACGUUGACAGUUUUCACCCAAGAAUAUCAUUCAACAUUUUUUUAUAUGAAAUCUUCAGAGUGAGUGUUACAGCAGUGACGUCAGGAGCAAAGAGCAGCCGGCUGUGAGCGCGAGAGAGGAUCAGCAAGACGCAACCUGUGCCGGUGCGCAUCUUUUCCAAAACUUCUCCGGCACAGACCAAGAGCGCAGGAGCGAAACACCAAAAAAAAAAAAAAAACAAGCAGGAGAGGAGAUCACCACAGAGAGCCAUGAAUAACAACAAGUCUGUGGAUUUAAACACGAGUCCGCCGCAGGUCUCCGGGACUGUGGAUCAUGAACUGGUUAUCACUUCUACUUUCGGGACGCUGCUCUCCGUCGUCUACAUCAUCGGAGUGUCGGGGAACGUGUACACCCUGGUGGUGAUGUGCCACUCGAUCCGCUUCGCCACUUCUAUGUACAUUUCCAUCAUCAACCUGGCGCUGGCGGACCUGCUCUACCUCUCCACCAUCCCCUUCGUGGUGUCCACCUACUUCCUGAAGGACUGGUACUUCGGGGACGUGGGCUGCCGCAUCCUGCUCAGCCUGGACCUCCUCACCAUGCACGCCAGCAUAUUCACCCUCACCGUCAUGUGCACGGAGCGCUACCUGUCCGUCACCAAGCCGCUGGACACGGUGAGGCGCUCCAAGAGUUACCGCAAAGCUCUGGCGUGGGGCGUGUGGCUGCUGUCUCUGCUGCUCUCAGUGCCCAUGAUGGUGAUGGUCUCGCAGACCACCCAGAGCACGCCGGACGGGGGUGUGAAGAGGAUGUGCGCGCCAACCUGGGCGCCCCUGGCUUAUAAAGUGUACGUGACGGUGCUGUUUGGCACCAGCAUCAUGGCACCGGGGCUCAUCAUCGGAUAUCUGUACGUCAAGUUAGCCCGGACUUAUUUAGAGUCCCAGCGCAACCCUGUGAUCAGCAGAGGAGCGAAGCGCUCCCCGAAGCAGAAAGUGCUGAUCAUGAUCUUCACCAUCGUGCUGGUGUUCUGGGCGUGUUUCCUGCCCUUCUGGAUCUGGCAGCUGCUGUCUCUGUACCUCACCAACCUGAACCUGAACCUGGCCUCGCAGACUCACACCAGCAUCAACUACCUGGUGACGAGCCUGACUUACAGCAACAGCUGCAUUAACCCUUUCCUCUACACGCUGCUCACCAAGAACUACAGAGAGUACCUGAAGAACCGGCACCGGAGCUUCUACAGGUACACGUCCUCCUUCAAGCAGCGGCCGCCCAGCCUCUACUCGUGGGGGAAGUCUGCGUCUUCCAGCUACCAGUUUGAGUUCAACUCGGAGACGCUGGUCAUGGGGACGCUGAGGUGACAUGUGCACCACGUGGACG